GGCGUUGCGCCUCCGCGCAUGCGCAAGCCCGCCCAAUCGUUGGGCGCCGGCCGCGAUUCAAACUGCUGCUGUGAGGAAAGGGCGGGUGGUAUCAUGGAUGUGGAGUCUUCCCGCAUUCCUGUCUAUGGAGCGUUCCAUCGCGGCCCUGUAGAAACGCAGCUACCCUUUUCUUCAAAGAAGCAAUGUGCCGGUAAAGCAGUAGGGCUCGAGCUCAACAAAGAUCCCGAUUUCAAUUUUGGUUCCAAUGUUCUAGCGGACGGUGUGUUCAGAGCAACAAACCAAGGGAUUACUAAAUCUGCCAAGAAAGCGGAGCCACCUUUGAAGAAGGCAGUUACAAGAGGACCUCUGAGCAGGUACAAACUAGAGACAGAGCUGAAGGCCAAGAAUCAGCUAUUGGAAUCAGCCAAACAGCAAUUGCACUCCAGGUUAACAGGAGCUCAGGGCACUAUAAAGGAGUUAAAAGAAGAGAAUGAAGGCCUGGUGCAAGAAAUUGAAAAGCUCAAGAAAUUUCAGGAAACUUGCAUGGUGGUUUUAGAAAGCAGAAACAUUGACCCUGUUACAGGCAGCAAUAUUUUGGAGGAAGAAGAAAAAAUACAGGAAUGCCAGAAGCAGACAACGCUUUUAACUGAGAAACUCAUAGCAGAAUUGAGGCUAUUUAAUGAAACAGCUGAAAAAGAAAAGGAGGCACUUCAGACAGCAAUGGCCAAGUGGGAAUCAGCAGAAGAAGAGAGACAGCGUUCCCUGGAGAAGCAUUCCUCCUUUCAGGAAGAGAUGAAGGAAUGCGCAGCAAUCCUCGAUCAGCUGGAGCAGCUCUUGGCUCAGUGAGGCACAAGGAUGAACUGCACAGUCUCUAUUUUGCAAACUUUGUUCUUAUGUCUAAAACAAGAAGGUGGGCGGGCUGGCCCUGGGUGCAGGUAACACCUGCAGGAUGGUAAUGGGGCAAGGUGAGCAGCAACUGCUGGCUGCACAAGAGCCAAAUGUUCACAGCUAUUUAAUUGCCUGCUGGG